AUGCAUCACCUCAUCACCCUCUCCCUCCUCUUCAUCUCCCCCUUCGUCUCCGCCUGGGACAUCACCUUCUACUCGGGCGAGAAUUGCGACCACAACCCCGACUUCAGCAGCUGGUCCUACUCCGGCUCCUCCACCGACACGUCCUGGUGUCUCCAAGCCGGCGAACCCGGCCACAACUGCGAACAUCUGACCGACGCAGGCGCUACGACGGACGAGUGCUCAGAGCCCGCGGAGCCGAUGCCUGGUAGUUUCCGCUAUUCGGAGGGGUCGCGCUGUUGUGUGCAGAUUGGGCAGGAUACGGAUUGUCUUUAUAAGGAGUGCAAGUAUCCGCCUCCUGAAGAUUGCUAUCCGACGAGGUAUAUGCCGUUUAAGUUGCGUGGACCGAAUUACCUCACGUUUACUUGCGGUGAUGUCGAUGGGGUUGACAGGAGGCGUACGGUCAAUGUCACGCAGAGGCAUUGA